AUGCCGACUUCAUCUCAGUCCUCUUCAUCACCCUCAUUAUUUCCCCCAGCCGCACCCACAGCUGAGAAUCCCAAAUUCCUGUACAAGCUCCGCGGCACCGAGAGACACUACGACGCCAACGGCGAUCUCAUGCCUCAAGUCUUAUGGCGACAAUACACAUGGUCUCAAAUGCCCGCUGCUGUCCUCACUUUCCCAUUGACAAUGUACAGAUUCGGUCAGUGGUGUGUCGACAAUCAACGCAAUACGUACGAACCGGAUGUUCUGGUCCCAAGGGGAGAGGCCAAGACAGGUUUCGUGAUCAAGGGGGAAUGUGAUGAGUCUUUCAUAGCCCCUGAUCCGGUUGAGCGGAGGCGGACGGGGAGCUUCUCGGCGGGAGAUGUAACUCUAAUCACUUGGUUGACAUCUGAUCGACUGGGGAGACUAGUCAGUCUGGCAGAGAAGCGGCGAGCUCCGAUAUCAGUCGCGUACUAUGUGCCCCCAAACGACAAACUUGCAUCCCGAGACCUAAUCCUCCUAGACAAACUCUACCGCACCCAUCCCGCAUUAUCCCAAAAUGUGGACAUCCACUUGGUCACAUCCCCUCACUUGCUUCAGCUCAACACAUGGAGAACCGUUGCUCGCACCUUUGCCAGUACGGAUUGGAUGUUACUGUGGGAUGCGGACUUUGAGGCCUGCACGGAUUAUCAGAAAGGAUUGGAGCGGUUCUUGGUGGAAACCAGGUCUAGAGGGUGGGCGGACAAGUUGGAGCAGGGAACGGCGGCUCUGGUUAUUGCUCCCUUUCAGUGGACGGAUCCUGUGGUUGAGCGAUCGAGGGAUUUGUGUCCCGUGGAUAGGGAUGAACUUAUCACCAUGUACCGCAACCUAUCGAUGGAUGCUUUUGAGACGAAUACUCCCAUCCUGUCCCAUGCAACCGAAUACGACCGUUGGAUUGAAGUAGGCGAAACGGAUUAUUACGAAGUGACAGAAUAUGAGUUGGGAUACGAAGCAUACCCUCUGAUGAGAACAGACGCAGAAGUGUGGUUUGAUCAGCGCUUUGCCGGUUAUGGCUACGAGAGAAGUGCUAUAACGGCUCAGAUGUAUCUCUCGGGGAUGGAUCUGUACAUCCUGCCAGGGGAGUAUGGCGUUCAUCAAGAACAUUCCGCCGCUGCCGUGAUCAAUACGCAUGAUGAUAUUGCAGCUGCCAAAGUGCCGUGGAUGACGUUCAAGAUGGAUAUUUGUCAUACACUCGGUGAAGUUCUCGCUGAGCAACGGGUAUUGCAUCAACCUCUUGGAGAACGUCUCGUGUCCACGUGUAAGGACAUGUCGAUUCCGCCAAUUGAUCGAGACAUCGCGAGUCAGCUGGAAUACUCAGGUAGGGUUCAGAAUUAA